AUGGGCGUCUUCUCUUUCUUCCGCAAGGUCUAUGACAUCGACACCCUCGACACUCGGUUCAUGAGCUCGUCGUCCGUUCCCUACCAGACUGUUAUCGAGGCGCGCAGCGAUCCCGAUGCCGUGAAGGAGGCCGCCGAUAAAGCGCGAGCUCGUGCACCUCCACCGAAAUGGCAAACGCCAGAGUUUUACCUGUAUUAUUUUGUGUUUUUGUGGGCGGUGCCGUACAUGUUUUGGGUUGCGUAUAGCGUUUCACGGCCCUCCGAUCCGCGAUAUCACAAGUACGAGCGAUUUCUUUCCGAUGGCUGGAUUCCCGGCCGCAAAGUCGACAUUUCCGAUGCGCAGUAUCACACGUUUCGAGGCAACUUGCCCUACCUGGCUGCGCUGCUGAUAUUCCAUCCUCUGCUCCGAAAGGUCUGGGAAUCAGUAUACACCGGCGCCAACGGCAAUAGGGGCCCCAAAGGCUCCUCGCGGCUGGAGCAGCGCGCCUUGUUCGACUUUACAUUUGCGAUUUUGUUCUUGGUCAUCUUGCAUGGCAUCUCGGCAUUCAAGGUCCUCACUAUUCUGUACAUAAACUUUCAGAUUGGGCGGAAACUCCCGCGCAAAUAUGUGCCCAUUGCCACCUGGGUGUUUAACAUCUCAACUCUGUUUGCGAAUGAGCUCUGUGAGGGCUACCACCUACGAAACGUAGCGAGUCACAUCUCGCCACCGGUCAAAUCUGCUUCUACUGGGCAACUGACGGAUUCGCCCUUGAUGCAGACGGGUGCGUGGUUGGAUGGGUUUGGAGGCAUCAUGCCACGGUGGGAGGUUUUGUUCAACAUUACGAUUCUGCGAUUGAUUAGCUACAAUAUGGAUUAUUAUUGGAGCAUCGAUAAGAAGGCUUCCAGUUCCUUGGAGAAGAAACAAUUGGACCCGGCCAACCUGUCUGAGCGAGAUCGAAUCACGAUAUCCGCCGAGCCGGCCGACUACUCGUUCCGCAAUUACAUCGCAUACGCCAUAUACGCACCCCUCUAUCUGGCGGGACCCAUUCUCACCUUCAACGAUUACAUCUCCCAGCUCAAAUUCAAGGCAGCCAGCAUCGAGAAACCACGUACUAUCCGCUAUGGUGUUCGGUUCCUGCUGGUUCUGCUUGCCAUGGAGCUCGUCCUGCACUUUGACUACGUCGGCGCAAUUAGCCUGGCCAACCCCGUUUGGGGGGAAUAUUCCGCCGCUCAACUCAGCUUGCUCUCAUUCUUCAACCUCCACAUAAUCUGGUUGAAGCUCCUUUUGCCGUGGCGACUGUUCCGCCUGUGGGCGUUGGUAGAUGGCAUCGACCCGCCAGAGAACAUGGUUCGGUGCGUGAGCAACAACUAUAGCACGCAACUGUUUUGGCGCGCAUGGCACCGAUCGUACAACCGAUGGCUUAUUCGAUACUUGUACGUUCCUCUUGGGGGCGCAUCCUUCCGCAACUGGGCCGCUGCGGCUCAGUCGACAGUUACGUACUUGUGUGUGUUCACCUUUGUGGCACUGUGGCAUGACAUUCAGCUCCGCCUCCUCAUCUGGGGCUGGCUGAUUGUCCUGUUCAUGGUGCCCGAGUGGACGGCGGCAUUUUUGUUUCCCAAGAGGAAGUGGGAGAGCCGUCCUACCGAGUAUCGCAUGCUGUGUUGUGUUGGUGCGGUUGCGAACGUGCUCAUGAUGAUGGCGGCCAAUCUGGUUGGUUUCGCGGUAGGCUUGGAUGGGUUGCAGAGCAUUGUUGCGGGCAUAUUGCAUGAAUGGUCAGGCGUCAUCUUUCUGACUGUGGCGUGUGCCUGUUUAUUUGUGGGUAUCCAGGUCAUGUUUGAGAUUCGCGAAUCAGAGAAGCGCAAGGGAGCAACGUUGAAGUGCUGA